UGGCGGCAACGUGGCGCAACGCGCGUGCUCUCCGGCCGGCCGACGCACACGAAGCUUUUUAUGAAUGGACGGAAGCUAUCUCUCUCUCUUUUCAUUGAAGCUUCGGAUUGAAUGAAAACAUUACCUACGUCGUCACCGCCGUACGGCACCGCGCCGUCGCACGGCGUCGGCGCGGUACGACAGUGACGGCCGUGGUCGCGUCCGACGAACGGAAGAAGCGAUGGUCGUGGUGCUGGCAAUGCAGAUGACGAUGAUGACGAUGAUGAUGAUGAUGAUGAUGAUGGUAGUGGUAGUGAUGGUUGUGAUGGUGGCGCGUGGUGUUGUUGGCGUGAUGCUCUUUCCGUACUCCGUGAGAAUGCUCGGCACGAAUAUAAGAGCUACUGUCGAUACAGGCAGCGUUAUCGAACGGAUGUGCAAGGGAGACGCGGCGACGACAUCGUGGACAUGUUCCGACGUUGCGUUGCAGCGACCGCCAUGGUGUUUCGAGAAUAUAUCGCUUCAUGAUACGCCAACGGAAACGAUUGCUCGAAACGUUCUCGCGCAAGUGGAGGCCCGUCGCCAUUUUUACUUAGAAAACGCGCAGCCAUACGAUUCUGCAUGGACGAUAAAACGAAUGGAAUAAAACACAAUUCACGAUACGAUAUCAGAAAAAUUUAGAAAAAUCAUAUAUAGAUGCGAGUAGCGUAACAACCAGAUCCUAACCCAAAAACAAGAUUAACAAUCGAAGGCCUCCUCUCCUCAAGUCUUUGACUGCCAUCUUGUUUUUGGAUUAGAAUCCGCUUUAUUAUAUUAUGCGCCACAGUGGCAAAGUGAUGAGUGAAAGAUCGUACAUUGCAACUCUUAUACAUCGUAAUGAAAUAGAUCAAAUAGAUCAGUUUACUCUAGAAAUAAAUUCAACCCCGCGAGAU